AUGGGCAUUAUUCCCGAGAAUGAUACAGACCAGGACAAUCAUCCUCGCAAGGAUAUCAGAAUGAGUCUCCAACAAGUGCUCCACGAGACAAACAGCUAUAUCCGCAGUUUUAAGUAUGCUCUCGAAAAUAACACUUCUUCUGAUUUUAUUGUAAUUGAUGCUGACAAACGGCCUCAGGAAGAGCACGAACGUCGUUACAAUGCUCUCGCAAGUAACGAAGUUUCCGUUAUUGUCAGCGGUGAUCAGCACAAAAGAAGUGACAUUGUUAUCGAAUCGCGCGGCAGUGGUGUCCGAAGAAUCAGUGAAACGCACCGGUCCUACGAGGCAUUGCAAUACCCACUUCUCUUCCCUUACGGAGAAGAUGGUUUCCCCAUCCACGAACGCUUCCCAGCUAUCGUCCCGCUUCUUGUGCACGACGAACUUCGUUAUUUUUCUGCGGAUAAAGCAAUGGAUGUGGCUGUGCGUACCGAAGACACAGCGCUUACAGCGUUCUUCACACUUUGUCGACACGGACUCUACUGUACCCAGACGUGCCUUCAUACUACGUGUGGACAGAAAAGAACACCUGGGCUCAGCGGAAGUGCGGGGCCAACGUCGAGGGCUAUCCAAGCGUCAGAAAAGACGCCACACUCGGAAGGGUUUUCACGGUCGACCAUCACGACAGGAAUGUUCUAA